CGCAAAAGUAGCCUCCCUGCGCUGGAAGCCCAGAGCAGGAGGCAGAGCCCGCGGGAAGCUCGGAGCACUCAGGACGCCGCGCGCCCUUCCCCACCCUCCCUGACCAGGGAGCAGCUCGCUCCAGGCGCCCAGCCGAGGCCCCCAGCCCAGAGGGAGCAAGUCAUAGAGAACAAUUCGAGAGACGGAGCGCGCUCUCCCGCUUAGUUCUGAAAAGUGAGUCGCUCCCGUGUUUGCAACCUCAAGCUUCGCAGCAGCAGCGGCGGCGGCGGCUGCCGGGAAGGAGGCAGGUGCAGGUGCAGGAGGGAGGCAGCUCUGGGCUUCGCGCCUGGGUCUCGGCCAUGGCCUCGGUCCUGGGGAGCGGCAGAGGUUCUGGAGGGCUGAGCAGUCAACUCAAAUGCAAGUCCAAGAGGAGGAGGAGGAGGAGGUCCAAGCGGAAAGAUAAAGUGAACAUAUUGUCAACCUUCCUCGCUCCCUUCAAGCACCUGAGUCCUGGCACCACAAACACGGAGGAUGAAGACACCCUCAGUACCAGCAGCGCGGAGGUGAAGGAGAACCGCAACGUGGGCAACCUGGCCGCGCGGACACCGCCCUCCGGGGACCGGGCCCGGGGCGGUGGGCCCGGCGCGAAGAGGAAGCGGCCGCUGGAGGAGGGGAAUGGGAGCCACUUGUGCAAACUGCAGCUGGUCUGGAAGAAGCUGUCGUGGUCGGUGGCGCCCAAGAACGCGCUGGUGCAGCUGCACGAGCUGAGGCCGGGCCUGCAGUACCGGACAGUGUCGCAGACGGGCCCAGUGCAUGCCCCGGUCUUCGCGGUAGCGGUGGAGGUGAACGGGCUCACGUUCGAGGGCACUGGCCCCACCAAGAAGAAGGCCAAGAUGCGCGCGGCCGAGCUGGCACUCAGGUCCUUCGUGCAGUUCCCCAACGCCUGCCAGGCGCACCUGGCCAUGGGCGGGGACCCGGGCCCCGGCACGGACUUCACCUCCGACCAGGCCGAUUUCCCCGACACGCUCUUCCAGGAGUUCGAGCCCCCGGCGCCGCGCCCCGGUCUCGCGGGAGGCCGCCCCGGGGACGCCGCGCUUCUGUCCGCGGCCUACGGGCGACGGCGGCUGCUGUGCCGCGCGCUGGACCUGGUGGGCCCGACCCCCGCGACCCCCGCGGCCCCGGGCGAGCGCAACCCGGUGGUGCUGCUGAACCGCCUGCGCGCCGGGCUGCGCUACGUGUGUCUGGCGGAACCGGCCGAGCGGCGCGCGCGGAGCUUCGUGAUGGCCGUGAGCGUGGACGGCAGGACGUUCGAGGGCUCGGGGCGCAGCAAGAAGCUGGCCCGGGGUCAGGCCGCGCAGGCCGCGCUGCAGGCGCUCUUCGACAUCCAGAUGCCCGGCCACGCGCCCGGCAGGGCCAGGAGGACGCCAAUGCCGCAGGAAUUGGCAGACUCCAUAUCCCAGCUGGUCACACAGAAGUUCCGCGAGGUGACGAUGGACCUCAUGCCCACGCACGCCCGCCACAAAGCGCUGGCAGGAAUCGUCAUGACCAAAGGCCUGGAUGCUCGGCAGGCGCAGGUCGUGGCCCUGUCCUCGGGGACCAAGUGCAUCAGCGGCGAGCACCUCAGUGACCAGGGGCUGGUGGUGAAUGACUGCCACGCGGAGGUCGUGGCCCGGCGGGCGUUCCUGCACUUCCUCUACACGCAGCUGGAGCUGCACCUGAGCAAGCGGCGCGAGGACUCGGAGCGAUCAAUAUUCGUGCGGUUAAAAGAAGGUGGCUACCGGCUGCGAGAAAACAUCCUCUUCCAUCUCUACGUGAGCACCUCCCCCUGUGGAGACGCAAGACUCCACUCUCCCUACGAGAUCACCACAGACCUGCACAGCAGCAAACACCUGGUCAGGAAGUUCCGCGGGCACCUGCGCACCAAGAUCGAGUCCGGGGAAGGGACGGUCCCUGUGCGUGGCCCCAGCGCAGUGCAGACCUGGGACGGCGUCCUGCUGGGGGAGCAGCUGAUCACCAUGUCCUGCACGGACAAGAUCGCCAGGUGGAACGUCCUGGGGCUGCAGGGCGCGCUCCUGUCCCACUUCGUGGAGCCCGUGUACCUGCAGAGCAUCGUGGUGGGCAGCCUGCACCACACAGGCCACCUCGCACGCGUCAUGAGCCACCGCAUGGAGGGUGUCGGCCAGCUGCCCGCCUCCUACCGGCACAACCGGCCUCUCCUCAGCGGCGUGAGUGACGCCGAAGCGCGCCAGCCGGGGAAGUCACCCCCCUUCAGCGUGAACUGGGUCGUGGGCAGCGCAGACCUGGAGAUCAUCAAUGCCACCACUGGGCGGAGGAGCAGCGGGGGCCCGUCCCGGCUCUGCAAGCACAUGCUGUCUGCACGGUGGGCACAGCUGUAUGGCAGGCUGAGCACACGGACACCCAGCCCCAGAGACACGCCCUCCAUGUACUGUGAGGCCAAGCUGGGGGCGCACACCUACCAGUCUGUGAAACAGCAGCUGUUCAAGGCCUUUCAGAAGGCUGGCCUGGGCACCUGGGUGAGGAAACCGCCAGAGCAGCAGCAGUUUCUACUGACUCUCUAGGCUGCGGGCUCCUGGCUGCUGGAGCUGAGCGGGACGUCGGAGGGACGGGACCGUGUCUGGGGGGCGACGUGGCGGGUCGGCCAGUUCCCUGCAUUCGUUUUACUUUGGUGUUCCAGAAACAUGCGAGUGUGCAACGUUUGAACAAGCAACGAGACGAAUUCAGAACGUGCCUCUUUCCAGAUCGCUGGCCCCAGAACUCUGUCCCCCACACCCAGGGGCACACGCACUGUUGAGUUAGCACUGACUCUUCCUGUGGAGUCUGAGGGAGGGGCUCCAUUCAGGCAAAGGGGUUUUAGCUGCAGCCUUGGAAGGAGGCACCAACACGACACCAGGCAGGAGUGAGCCUCAGGCCCCAUCCCUGCACCCCACCCCUGCGUGCGCCUCUUGGUGAUGUUGGGGUCUCAUUAGCUUGAGGGGGCACAUGAAGAUAAGCCACAAGCAAAGAGAAAAGCCAUGCCCACCCCAGCCCCAGAGAAACCAAUAAGAAUCCUCUAUUAUUUUCAGUAUUCAUUUAGGUUUUUAUACUCCACCUCCUUUCAAAAAAGAUUUAAGACGUACGACAUUACCGAACACCUAAAAUAGAACCAGAGAAACGAAAGCCAUUCCCACAAAGUGAAGGAACAGUUUCCAAAACCCCUGUGAGGCAGAGUUAAGACCUGUGAUGCAGGGAGCCCGGAAACACCCGGCCCACACGCGCUGCAGAUGUGGGGAGCCCAGAAACACCUGGCCCACGCGUGCUGCAGAUGUGGGGAGUCCGGAAAUACCCGGCCCACGCAUGCUGCAGAUGUGGGGAGCC